AUGGUCGUGGAGACGGCUGCAAAGCCGCCGGGCAAGGCCGUCAAACCAGAUGACCCGACCGUGGUCAUUUCCAAAAUGCUGUCGUGGCUUUUGCGUCAUGGCAUCAAGCACAAAAGUGUCGGUUUGAAUUCGGAAAGUGCCGAUGGGUGGGUCAAGGUGACUGAUGUACUCGCUUCGGAAUAUUUCAAAGAGAUCACGAAAGAGAUCCUCAUGAAGGUCAUUGUGGAUUCCAAUGCGCAGAAGCUUCGCUACCAGCUUUCUCCAGACUGCGUCUACAUAAGAGCUUACAGCAGAGACGAGAAGAAGGCCUUCAAGGAAGGAGCAGCAAGCACUACAGCAUCCGUGUCUGCUCCUCCGGAAAAGAAAGGCACGUUGCGUGGAGAAGCACCAGAAUUUGUGCCUUCGUCAACCCCCAUGCUUCCAUCUAUGCAAAAUCCAGGAUAUCCACCUUGGCCGCUGCUGUAUCCACAAGCGGCCAUGAUGCCCUACGUACCCGUCCAGGUCCAGCGCAAGGGCACCGGUGAAAAAGGAGGCGUGUUUCGUGAAUUGGGGAGAAUAAAGUCUUUCUAUGAAGACAAAGGUUAUGGUUUCAUUGAGUGCCCAAGAGUCACUCAACAGUUUGGCCGCGAUCUUUUUGUUCACAAGGCUCAGCUGAAUGGCUUCAAGGUGGGAGAUGAGGUUACUGUCACAGUGACCGUAAAUGAGGCCGGAUGGCCGCAGGCGCAGGACUUGCAAUCUUCAACAGGUCAGCAGCCUGCCAGCGCAUCAAAAGGCAAGGGUAAGAGCAAGGACAAAGGCAAAGACAAGGGAAAGGAAAAGGGAGAGGGCAAAGGCAAGGAUGGCAAAGAAGCCAAGGAAGGCAAGGGCAAAGAAGGCAAGGGCAAGGAUGGCAAGUCGAAGAGCAAGGGAAAGGACGGCAAGGGCAAGAGCAAGGACAAGAAGAAAAAAGAUGAGAAUCAAGCAGAAGAAGCCCAAGAAGAGGAGCGGUAG